GAGAGGAGGACCUAUUAGAGCCGCUGCCCCUGCGCCCGUGACUCAGUGUUCGCGGGAGCGCCGCAGCUACCCCAGCCAACCCAGGUCCCGAGGUCUGACAGCGCCCGGCCCCGCUCUCCACGCCUGCCCGGAGCCAGCCGCCCGGCGCGCUCCGCCCCUCCACAGCCUCCGUCCUUCGAUCUCAGCCCCGUGCCCUUCCCGGGACCCCUGCCCCGAGGGCAGCACUGCCAACCUGCCGGCCAUGGAGACCCCGUCCCAGCGGCGCGCCACCCGCAGCGGGGCGCAGGCCAGCUCUACCCCGCUGUCGCCCACCCGCAUCACCCGGCUGCAGGAGAAGGAGGACCUGCAGGAGCUCAACGACAGGCUGGCGGUCUACAUCGAUCGCGUGCGCUCGCUGGAGACGGAGAACGCGGGGCUGCGCCUUCGCAUCACCGAGUCGGAAGAGGUGGUCAGCCGCGAGGUGUCCGGCAUCAAGGCGGCCUACGAGGCCGAGCUGGGGGAUGCCCGCAAGACCCUCGACUCGGUGGCCAAGGAGCGAGCCCGCCUGCAGCUGGAGCUCAGCAAAGUGCGCGAGGAGUUUAAGGAGCUCAAAGCGCGCAAUACCAAGAAGGAAGGUGACUUGCUGGCGGCCCAGGCCCGGCUCAAGGAUCUGGAAGCUCUGCUCAACUCCAAGGAGGCGGCACUGAGCACUGCUCUCAGUGAGAAGCGCACAUUGGAAAACGAGCUGCAUGAUCUUCGGGGACAGGUGGCCAAGCUUGAAGCAGCCCUUGGUGAGGCCAAGAAGCAACUUCAGGAUGAGAUGCUGCGGCGGGUAGAUGCUGAGAACAGACUGCAGACCCUGAAGGAGGAACUAGACUUCCAGAAGAACAUCUACAGCGAGGAGCUGCGGGAGACCAAGCGCCGCCAUGAGACCCGGCUGGUGGAGAUCGAUAAUGGGAAGCAGCGUGAGUUUGAGAGCCGGCUGGCAGAUGCCCUGCAGGAUCUGCGGGCCCAGCACGAGGACCAGGUGGAACAGUACAAGAAAGAGUUGGAGAAGACUUAUUCUGCCAAGCUGGACAAUGCCAGGCAGUCUGCGGAGAGGAACAGUAAUCUUGUGGGAGCUGCGCACGAGGAGCUGCAGCAGUCCCGCAUCCGCAUCGACAGCCUCUCGGCCCAGCUCAGCCAGCUGCAGAAGCAGCUGGCAGCCAAGGAGGCUAAGCUUCGGGACCUAGAGGACUCCCUGGCCCGGGAGCGGGACACUAGCCGGCGGCUGUUGGCAGAGAAGGAACGGGAGAUGGCUGAAAUGCGGGCGAGGAUGCAGCAGCAGCUGGACGAGUACCAGGAGCUGCUGGACAUCAAGCUGGCUCUGGACAUGGAGAUCCACGCCUACCGCAAGCUCCUGGAGGGCGAGGAGGAAAGGCUACGCCUGUCCCCCAGCCCCACCUCGCAGCGCAGCCGUGGCCGCACCUCCUCCCACUCAUCCCAGACUCAGGGUGGGGGCAGCGUCACCAAGAAGCGCAAGCUGGAGUCCACUGAGAGCCGUAGCAGCUUCUCCCAGCAUGCUCGCACCAGUGGGCGCGUGGCUGUGGAGGAGGUGGAUGAAGAGGGCAAGUUCGUGCGGCUGCGCAACAAGUCCAAUGAGGACCAAUCCAUGGGCAACUGGCAGAUCAAGCGCCAGAAUGGAGAUGAUCCCUUGCUGACUUACCGCUUCCCACCAAAGUUCACUCUGAAAGCUGGGCAGGUGGUGACGAUCUGGGCUUCAGGAGCUGGGGCCACUCAUAGCCCCCCCACUGACCUGGUCUGGAAGGCGCAGAACACCUGGGGCUGUGGGAACAGUCUGCGCACGGCUCUCAUCAACUCCACUGGGGAAGAGGUGGCCAUGCGCAAGCUGGUGCGCUCCGUGACCGUGGUUGAGGAUGAUGACGACGAGGAUGGAGAUGACUUGCUCCAUCACCACCACGGCUCCCACUGCAGCAGCUCGGGGGACCCCGCUGAGUACAACCUGCGCUCACGCACCGUGCUGUGCGGGACUUGUGGGCAGCCCGCCGACAAGGCCUCUGCCAGCGGCUCGGGAGCCCAGGUGGGCGGAUCCAUCUCCUCUGGCUCUUCGGCGUCCAGUGUCACAGUCACUCGCUACCGCAGUGUGGGGGGCAGUGGGGGUGGCAGCUUCGGGGACAACUUGGUCACCCGCUCCUACCUCCUGGGCAACUCCAGGCCCCGAACCCAGAGCCCCCAGAACUGCAGCAUCAUGUAAUCUGGGACCUGCCAGGCAGGGGUAGGGGUGGAAGCCACUUGCUUCCUCUUUACCUCAUGCCUAACCCCUGCCCAGCACCUCAUGGGAGCAGGCUUGAAGCCAAAGAAAAAUUCCCCCUUUGGUUUUCUUCUAUAUUUUUUUUUUCUAAGAGAAGUUAUUUUCUACAGUGGUUUUAUACUGAAGGAAAAACACAAGCAAAAAAAAAAAAAAAAAAGAGUCUCUAUCUCAAUGCUAAUUUCUCUCCCUGCCUUUCCCUGAUUCUGGGGAAACUCUACAUCUGCCUUAAAACCAAAGAGGGCUUCCCCUAGGAGCCAAGGGAAAGGGGGUGCUUUUAUAGAGCUUAGUUUCUGCUUUAUUGGCCUGGCUGCAGCCCCUCCCCCCUCCUGCCCCCGGGACCCUGUGACAUGGUGCCUAAGAGGCCGGCGUGGAGUCAACUCCACCAGCCUCCUGCAGACAGCUGGCUCACUGCCAGGCCAGCCUCCAAGGGAAGGACCGUCCAGCCAGGACCAAGGCCUUGGUCUCCCCGAUCCACUUUACCUGGCUGAGGCUCCUUCCCCGCCCCGCCCCCACCAGCCCCGCCCCUGCCCCCGGGGGUGGGGGUGGGGCAAGUCCAUUCUCCCAGGUACCAGCUGCGCUUUGCUUUUUCUGUAUUUUAUUUAGACAAGAGAUGGGAAAUGAAAUGGGAG